AUGUUUCAUCGCGUCGCCCGAGCGGUGACGAAGGCGACGACGCGAUGGACGGCGGCGAGAGCGGUGCCGUCGACGACGAGCGUGGCGAGUGGAUCGGCGUCGUGUAGAGCGGUGACGAGCACGAGGUGGAGCUCGAACGCGGGGGCGGAGACGACGAGCGCGGCGGAGCGGGCGACGCGCGAGGCGCGCGCGCGCGCGAGCUUGGACAGGGCGGUGACGACGGCGGGAUCGAUGAAUGGGGGAAGGGAGGGCGUGCGUGUAGUGGCUGGUGACGGUGGAAUGACGGUGGGGUCGAUGUUGGAGCGUCUGCGCGCGAUUGAGAGGGAGAUGAACGCCGCGGCGGAGCGCGACGGCGGGUGGUUCUCGUUGGCGAGCGUCAAGCGCAAGAGGAAAAAGGCGAUGAACAAGCACAAGCAUCGGAAGCGCAGACGACGCGAUAGGCACUCGAACAAAUAA